AAUCUUAUAUAGCAUUGCUAUCGUACUGCUCAGCCUGUCUAAAUCAGAUCAUUCGAAACAGAGAUCUCCGAUACUACGAUUCCCAACAGUUCAAACUACUUCCAGUUCCCAUCUACAGCUCUCGAACUUAUUCGCAUUUUUCACAUACAUCUAUCAUCAUGGAUCUUCAAGGACAGCCCAUCGGUCAAGGCCCUCGCAGCACCAAGGUCACCACUGAUCCUGAAGCCUACCGCAACCCCAUCCAGGAAUCCUCUGGACCUGUGUCCGGGGACUCUCUCGCUGCCGAAUCUGCCACCAAGGGUGGCGUCUACUCUCAAAACCGUGGUGCCCAACCUCUCGGGGUGACUGGCCAGCAGUCUACCCUGAACACCAAGGACACAUCCGCUGCCUCCGAGCUGCCAUCAGCUCCAGUCGGUGCUGCUCGAGAGAACCUCAACAGACAGGAGAAGUACCCCGAAGGUCUCGGUGGCCAAGGUGACUUCCCUGGCACCCAUCUUCCAACCUCCGGCUACGUUGGUGGCCCUACUGGUUCCAAGCAGCAGCAAGGAACCCAACAGCAGUCCAAUGCCUCUCAGAACCAGCAGCGUGGCACAGCCAAUGCUAGCGGCAGUGGUUACCAGACCCGGUCCAAGACUGGCGCCGCACCAUCAUAUGCCGAGGAUGUGGUCGGUGACUUCAGUAGCAAGAAGCCCCACGGCAAGAACCUGAAAGAGGGCGGUUUCGACGACAGCAACAACGCGAGCUUCACCACCGAUAUUGGCGGCGAGAACGACCCUGGCCGUCUCGCCACGAAGGGCUUGCAGCAUAGGCAGGCAGAAUCUGGACCUACCGCCACACCGGCUGGCCGGGAGCAAAAGGGUGUUGACAACCAGCACUGGUACCAGCCUCUGCAGUCUGACCAGCGCGCUUAAUUGAAUAAUGAUUAUGACGGACAAAAUGAAAAGCUCAUGAGCGGGUAUCCUGUGUUAUUUUCAUCUUUAGCCUGUAGAAACGGCCAUGUAUUAUAGAUAAUAUGAAAGAAAACAAUCAUCAAAA